CACACACACACAUACACACACACACAACAUGGAGUGCUGGAAGCUGGUGGCUGCGCGCGUCAUGUCGAUGCCAGACGGCGACGAUGCGUCGGGCACGCUCGAGGGGUUUGACGUGAGACACAAGGCAGAUUACGGCAAGGCACGCGCUGUUCUCAACCUGAUGUUCACCUGCCGCGAGCUGUACCAUGACUUGCCCUGGGCCGUGCCCAAAUGGUACCUUGCGAAAGUGCUGGAACAGGCCAUCAGUGCUAAGAAACUCAGGUACAGCUAUGUGGAGGACAGAAGCCACUUUGGCGCACAAGGCUCCGUGCCCGCAUAUUCCAACCUGAAGUUUGAGAACGACCCUUACCCCACCGUGUCAGAUUGGCUCGACACCUUUCAAGCCGCGCUCCUCCCACCGCUGCGGGUGCGAAGAACCCCUGAUGACACCACCGGUGAGGACACCACCAACGAGGACAGCAGCGAGGACAGUGGCGGCAGUGACAGCAUCAUGGUGUGGAUGGAGAACCGCUUCCUUGCCUACUCCCGGCUCGGCGUGACCUGGGCCAGCGACCUCCCCUUCUUGCAAGCGCGGCUGAAAAGCAUUCGACCCUCAACCGACGACUUUUGGCAGCAGUUUGCUCAGCACGGACGCAUCACAUUCAAAUGCAUACGCAACAUCAAAGCAUGGGCUGCUGCAGUGGGCGCAGGACGUGCAGGGCAGCGACAGGGGAGGGGAGGGAGGAAGGCGCAGAGGCGCAGGAGGAGGCAGAGGAAGGAAGGCGCAGAGGCGCAGAAGGAGGCGGAGGAGGAGGAGGAGAGGAAGGAGGAAGAAAAGCAGCAGCAGCAGCAGCAGCAGCAACAACAACAACAACAACAACAACAACAACAACAACAACAACAACAACAACAACAACAACAACAACAACAACAACAACAACAACAACAACAACAACAACAACAACAACAACAACAACAACAACAACAGCAGCAGCACCAGCACCAGCACCAGCAGCACCAGCAGCACCAGCAGCAGCCGCAGCAGCCACACCCCGCCCUGUUUUAUGCCACGGUCGAGUUCAACAGCCAAGCAGAUGUGGACCGCUUGAACGAGCUGCGUUCCACAGCGUUGGGUGGUGCACGUGCAGAGAAAUUGGACAUCACAACCACAGCACCGUUGGCCUCCCUAAAUAUGUGCAACGCAAACACGCUUGUCUUGCAGGACAUGUUCCAUAUGGUGGAAAGCGUCACUUUUCGCGACAUUGGACAUAUCCGAUGGCACAGCAUAUCGUCCGAGCAAACCACCCUCCAAGGCGAAGUGUCCAACGUCGGCGGCAUCAAUUUUCAUCACAGCAUCGAACGCAACAGCUUUGCACUGUUCGCCGGCUUGCACAGCAUGAGGAUCACAAGCCAACACGCGGACCUGACACCGCUUGCUGGCAUCAGCACGCUGGUGCUUGACCAUGCGACCGUGGACGACCAGUCUGUGCUUGCAGAUGUGGAGGAGCUUCAUAUGCACCAAGCGCCACUGGAGAUUGACACGCUCAACGCCAAGCGCAUUACGCUGACGGGCGAGAUGCCGGCUCGCGUUCAUCUUCCCAACGCCACCCACUUCUGGCUGAGGCAAGGCUCCUGGAACAUGGAUGUGGAGUUUGUGCUUCCACCACACCUCGACACGAUCGCGAUUGAAAGCAGGGACCCAAAGAUUCCACAGUUUGAGCACGCGCGGGUGCUGGACCUCGAAUUCGAUAGGAGUUCGGCCUGUCUGGCGUGGGAGGUCGACCUGUCUGGCGUGGCACACCGCGUCGACAAGCUGGUGAUUCGCAACGCACGCAUGCUGCACACCAGUGCCGGCGACCCCUUGGGCGGCCUGCUGCAUGUGCCAGACAACGUGCACGUAUGCUUGGACGACGUCCGCACCCCUCUGACCGGGAACGUGCUGCCGCUGUGCGUGAAGGAGUUGUGUGCGUAUGGUCGCACAGUUCUUCACGGCGCUAGGCCCUCUGUUCGUUUCGAACACGCUUCCGGCACGUGCUUGGCCAACGUCCCGCUGCUGUACCUCAGUUGCCACCGCUUGCGCGACGUGGAUGUCCUGCGUGGGCGGAGGCAGCUUCACUUGUCAGAGGUGACGCUUCAUGGCAAGAUUAGGGACUGCAACCACGUGUCGCUCCUGGCUUGUAAGGGUGCUGCUGACGUGAGUGAAAUCAAAUGGUUGCGGCUGAUGACGGCCUUCAUCAUGGCAAGCGAUUAUGACCUUGACGACCCAAGCGAUCCCCGUCGCAAGAAAUCGGCACUUUCACUACAUGUUCAGCGCAUUCAACGCGUGUUCAUGUGCGAACUUCUCGACUGCAGAGUCAUAGACUUCUCGUGCUUCCGCAACGUCCACUGCCUCGUCCUGAAACGUUGUGUGUUCGAUGAUCUGAGUGCGCUGACGUCGGUUGGCUGCCUGAUGGUGCACGACUGCAUCAGUUUUGACGAGCGGUGGUCGUGGCCGGAGGUGGUGCUGGUGAACCGAACACCAGAGGAUAUGAUGGCCGUGCUCAGGAGGGGGAGGAAGAACAGGUUGUGAGGGCGUG